GAAAUUUUUACUAGAAGCAGAGUGCAGACGCCAGACGUCAGAAUUGGCAAGUGUUGUAACUUUAAUUAUUGUUUUGUUUUUGGUCGUUUUGGUUGUUGUUGAUGUUUAUUUUUAUCAUAUACUACUGUUUUUGAUAAAGAAAAAAAAUAUAAGCUCUCAUUAUGAAUUAUUCAAAAGGAGCGAGAUUCUUUCCAAAUGAGUGUCACAUUUGUAAGACAAGAAAGGAAUUAAAAAGAUGUGAAUGCAAUAUGAUUGCAUAUUGCGGAGAGGAUCAUCGAUUACAAAAUUUACCAGUUCAUGAAAGUUUCUGCAAAGCAGUUAGGGAAUUGUUAAAAGAAAGAAGAUUAUCGCAUGUUUAUGAAGAGACUUUUCCUCUAUUUGGAAGUGAUUGGAUUAAGAAAACAGAUGAAAUUAGUGGAGAAAUAAUAAAGAAAUUAGGAAGAUGUAUGAGUCCAUUAGAAAUAACAAUGCGAAAACGUCCGCGUGUUUGUUUUGUUUGUCGAGAAUUUAAACAAGAAGAAUUAAAUAAUUGUCCUGGUUGUCCAGUAGCGACAUUUUGUAAACUUCAUCCCAAUAAUGAAAUUCAUAGUGAGAAUUGUGCAGUGAUGACCAAAUAUUUAAAUCUAUUAACAACAGCGGACGAAUUAAAUAUUGAUUUACAAUUUUUGUCAUCAAAUUUUCCAUAUAUUACAGAAGAAAAGAAAAUUGGAAUUAUAGAUCGGCUUUCAUAUACAUUUAAAUUAAGUGAUACUGAUACAAGUAGUUUACAAUCGAGAUUAUUGAAACUUAAUCUAUUUGAUUUUAUUGACAGUGCAUCAAAACUUCAUAUUGCUUUGCAAAAAAUUUACAAAACAAUUCCUUUAGAAAUAAUAAUUCAUCUUGAUGCACAACAAUCUAAACAUGCGAUUGUAAAGGAAAAUUAUUGGGAAUUUCUAUUGCAUCUAAAUCCAGAUAUAAAAAUAUUAAAAAUUGUCAUCACUGGAAGUGAAAAUAUGUUCAAUUUAGAAACUUCUCUUUGUGAAAAAUGUCGUUUCAUGGAGAAAAAUUUAUCUAUUGAAAUUCAUUCGACGCCCUAUGAACAUUACAUGCUACAAGAAGAUUAUCAAAAACCAAAUUUUUUAUUUUAUUGCCGAACUGAUGAUGAAAAAAAUUCUGCAAGAACUAAUAGAUGGAAUCAAAUUAAUUGUCCCAUUGUUUUGCCAAUUGUUUCGGAAUUAAAUUUCCAUGAAACAAAAAGUAUUCUUGUAUUUUCAACAGCAAAUAAAUUUAAAAUUAUUUAUGGUGGACAAAUUUUUUUACCUUUCAGUGAUAAGACUUUACCUGGAAAUGACGAUUAUAUUAUGAUAUUCAAAGCGAAAGGAAUUACAAAUAAACGAACGAAAUAUCGUCGUGAUAAUACCAACAUGGAAGGAAUAAUUAGUAAAAGAAUGAAACUUACGGAAGAAAUGAAUCCAGAAGAAGUGAAAUCUCUUUCAUCAUCAUCAUCCUCUUCUUCAUCAAACUCUGAUGAUAAUUGUUCUAAUGAAAUUGACGAACAAAAUAAAAACUUAGAACCAUCUUCAAAAUUUCGCGUCAAUGAUUCAAAUUGUCAAAUUAAUUUAUCUCAGACAUAUUUAAUGAAACAUGUUACAUAUCUUCAACAUGAAAAUGAUGGAUUACGACAACAAUUAAAUUCAUCUGUUCAAGAAUUAACAAAACAACAGGAAAAAAUUCUUGAACUUGAAAAAAUUUGUUUUCAUUUAAAUGAAAAGAAUAAAAUAAUUAGAAAUAUAUCACGUGAUAUUGUUAGUAUUAUAGAUAUUGAUGAUGAAGAUCUUGGUUCAUUGCUCGAAAAGAAAAACUUUGGUUUUUAAUUAAUUAAUUAAUAUUAGCUAAUGACAUUUCAGUUGAAAAAUUGUCG